AUGGAGAUCUUGGAAGAAGGCGAGUUCCAGGCCUUGAUUCACAAGCUCUGUGCGGUGCAUCAGAAAGAGAUCACUUUGCUGCACGACAAGAUCAAGUUCUUGCACACCCGAGAAGGCCAGAAACUCUUUCACCACCACCACCAGGAGCAUCACGAAGGCCACGAACACGAGGAUCACGAGGAGGGCGCGCACGAACUUAGCCAUGCAGGCGGAAAGAGCCCGUUGAUGUCACCGGUGGCGCCAGCAUUCCGGGCGGCAGCCGGGACCGUCUCCAUCACUACGCUCUUGGAUGAUCGCACUGGAGCUCCCGUCGGCGACACCAAGGCGCCCCCCGCGUCGCCCCAGAAGCACCCUCGGCCUCCCUGGCAUCACGAUGCGAAGGGCAAACCGAACAAGAGCCACACCUGGUUCCAGCAUAAAUCCACUGGUUCAGUGAGCUUGAGCUUCGGCAGUCAGCCCCUUUUGCAGAGGAUGAAGAUGAUCAUUCACCACCCAAUCUUUGACUGCAUCAUGAGUGCCUUGAUCGUCAUUAACGCGGUGAUGUUUGCUUUUGAAGCACAAUACCGAGGCUUGGAACUGGCCAGAGAGUUGGGUAUCAGCGAGGACGGUGCAGUGACUCUAUGGCCCGGUGCGGAAAUGACUUUUGAGAUUGCUGAACUGAUUUUCGGCAUCAUCUUCACCGUCGAGGUUGGCGUCAAGAUUCUGGUGGAUCGUACGGCGUUCUUUCGUGAAGGCUGGAACUGGUUGGACUUUGUGGUGGUCGUCGCUUGGGUCUUUGGAAAGACCGGCACCGCUUUGCCGGUGAACAGUCAGAUCCUCCGCUUGGGCCGUCUCUUCCGCUUGCUGCGGAUGCUACGCUUGGUGCGGCAGAUGAAAGAGUUCGACGCACUGUUUCUGAUGACCACAGCGAUACGAAGCAGUUUCAUGGUUCUGGGAUGGACCAUAAUCUUACUCUUCGUGUGUCAGAUGCUUUGCGCCUUGGUGGUGCAGCAGACCCUCUUUGGUUUCUAUUUCGAUCCCGAAAACGCCGACACCAAAGAUGAUCAGAUCAAAAUCUACUGGUACUUUGGCACGUUCACUCGAUCCUUACUGUCCUUGUUCGAAAUGACCUUGGCCAAUUGGCCCCCGGUGGCACGUUUGCUCAUGGAGAACGUUACGGAAUUCUGGGUGCCUGUGUGUUUGGUCCACAAACUCACCAUGGGCUUCGCCGUGGUGGGUGUAAUAAACGGCGUGCUGAUGCAGGAAACGUUCAAGGUGGCGCACAUGGAUGACACUGUGAUGGUGCGAGAGAAGCAGCGCGCCAUGCGCGCCCACUUAGCCAAGAUGUCGCUGCUCUUCGACGAAGCCGACACUUCGGGGGACGGCCGACUGGACCUCGAGGAGUUCAAAAGCAUCUUGAAAGACUACGAGGUGAAGAUCUGGUUGGCCGCCAUGGAUCUGGACGUCAGCGACGUCGAGGAACUCUUCCAGAUGUUGGACGACGGCCAGGCCGGGGACUCUUCCAGGUGUUGUCCGUUGAAAAAAGGGAGGAAUCCUUAG